UGUUGCUUGACUCGAGAGACAAAGUGCCACGCGUUCGUCAAUCUCUUUCAGUGUCCAUCGAAUCGUCCAGCGAGAAUAUUCGUGGGCAUCUGAAAUCGAGUCGAUUCCAAAAUGUUACUCUUAUUACUGACGGCGUGUUUCGUCGCCGUGACUCACGCCGGAUGUCCUAUGAGACCGACGGUGGGGCAAACAUCCGUGGACAGAACGCCGGGUGACGGUGGCUACAGGAUUCUCAUCAGCGGACAAACAAACGGAUACAUUCCCAAUGCUGUCCAUACAAUUAGUUUACAAGGAUCGCGAACGCACGAGCGACUGCAGCAAUUCACACGCUUCACGCUGACGGUGCACUCGCAGUACACGCCGAAUAAUCUCUCGGCCCGCAUCGGUUAUUUCCAGCUGUUUCCGGAUUCCUUGACUACUUUCAACGAGGAUUGCGUCAACACGAUUUCCGAAGCAACCGAUUUCCCAAAAUCGGAGAUCCAGGUGAUGUGGCGGGCACCAGUGGCUGGUUCCGGGUGCGUUAUUUUCACCGCGAUGAUCUUGGAGAACAAUGUACGAUGGUACGCUGAGGAUGGCGCUCUCUCCAAGAUCGUUUGCGAAUCGACAGACGAGGAGAUUCAAAAUUCGGACGAGACCAAAUGCUGUGCUUGCGAUGAAGCGAAGUACUCGUUAACUAUGGAGGGCAUCUGGUCGAAUAGAACUCACCCGAAGGACUUCCCAUUUUCCGCCUGGUUGACCCAUUUCAGCGACGUUAUCGGCGCAUCGCACGAGCCAAAUUUCUCGUUCUGGGGCAGAGAUCACAUCGCCACAGACGGUUUUCGACAAUUGGCCGAGUGGGGCUCCGCGACGGGUGUCGAAGCGGAACUGAGAGAGAAAUCCAGUCAGCUCAGGACACUCAUUAAGGCGGCCGGUCUUUGGUAUCCCAAUGUCAAUACCAACACGACGACGAGCUUCAGGGUGGACCGAAAACAUCCUCUUCUCUCAGUAGCUUCCAUGCUGGGUCCAUCUCCCGAUUGGGUGGUGGGAGUGAGCAAGUUGAACUUUUGCCAGAAGGACUGCACCUGGACGAAAAGCAUGAUAAUUGAUCUUUAUCCUUGGGACGGCGGCACCGACAACGGCAUCAGCUACAUGUCGCCGAAUUCCGAGACGAAACCGCGCGAGAAAAUGAGACCGAUAACGACGCUCUAUCCGGAAGAUCCGCGAUCCCCGUUCUACGAUCCGUCUGGUAGACCUAUGCACCCGUUGGCGAGAUUGUACCUCAACAGGGAGAAAAUCAUCUCGCGCGGAUGCAGCGAGCAGCUCCUGCAGCAGCAAGUAGCCGAAUUAGAAGUGGCCGAGAACACCGAGGACACGUCGAGACCGGAGUGCCACACGACGGAGUACUCGCCGUGGUCGACGUGUUCGGUGACCUGCGGCAAGGGCUUAAGAAUGCGCACGAGGUCGUAUAGAAUGCCGGAAAAAGCUUCCAUGUUCAAUUGCAAUAGGCAGCUGGUCUCGAAGGAAAUGUGUGUCGCGUCUAUUCCAGAGUGUUCAGGUGAGGUGGAGAGCGACGACGACGUAAUCGCGUCGCCGAGCAACGAUCCGCUUUGCGAAACCACCGACUGGGGCGCGUGGUCGGAGUGCUCGAACACGUGCGGGAUCGGCUUGAAAAUGCGGACGAGGAGAUUCCGCGAUCGUCGCGGUCGUAAACGGUGCCCGCUCGUGUCGCUCGUUGAGAAAGAGAAAUGCAUGGAGCCGCCUUGCGCGGUGGGCGCGGAGGAGCAGAUUGAUCCCGUGUGCAAGGUGACGGAAUGGUCCGACUGGUCGCCGUGCAGUGCUUCCUGCGGCAGAGGUGUGAAAUUACGGACCAGGCUGCUGAUGGUCGACCCGUCGUUGCAAACGGAGUGUUCCUCGCGCGUAGAACUGCUGCAGCAACGACCGUGUCUCAUCCAAUCGGACUGUACAUUCGACAUGGCAACCGCAAAGGUCGUGUGUAUGGAAGAGGCAGAUCCCGGACCGUGCAGGGGCUACUUCCAGCGUUGGGCCUUCAAUCAGCAGAAACUGAUGUGCGUGCCGUUCGCGUACGGCGGAUGCCGCGGCAACCGGAACAACUUCCUCACGGCGGACGAGUGCACCAACACCUGUGGCAUCGUGCGAGCCGUUCUCACGGGUCAGACAGUUAACGAGACCGUAAACCAGAGUCAAGCACUCAGCGCGUCGUUUAAUCCUCCCGCUCUCCCCGUAGACUGCGCGGUGACUCGCUGGUCAAAUUGGUCGCCGUGCAGUGUCACUUGCGGCGUCGGCCGUGUCACGAGUUAUCGCACCAUCGAGCGAGAAGCUGCCAACGGCGGACGUUCCUGCCAAAAGCUGCAUCGCCGUUAUCGGUGCGAGCUCGCACCGUGCGAAUUUUGAGUCCAGAGAAGCUCCACGCGCACACUCGAUGGCAUUUAAAUUGGGAAAUAUACGUAGUAAGCAUCCUAGGGUUUCCUCAAAAAAGGAUUUAUAAAAAAAGAGUAAUUUAAUUACACCUGUAAUGGUAAAUCUCUGUAAAUUUUUAAUCUUCGAACAUAUGAUUGAAGUCAUAUACACGUAUAAUAUAAAUUAUUGUAAUCUGCUUUUUUUUAAUUAUUUCUGCGCUUGUGCUUUUGUAUGUUUUUUUUUUUUUAGUAAAGACAGUAACACAAAAGACUCGAUUGAAAAUAUUUUAUUAUUAAAAGCAUUGCAUUUUCCAUUACUCGAUCGUGUUCAAAUUGAAUGUUAUUUUUGAACGAACUGUUUUGUAACUGAUUCACAUCCCAGAAUUAAUAUCAAUCGGUACUUUUAUGAAUUAUCGAUGUACAUUACUGCCAAUCCUUCACUAUCGAUGCUGCCUUUUUAUGAAUCGAUCAUUCAAGUAUUACGCUGUGUUUUAUCCUCGCAACAAAUGCUGGGUACAAAAUAAACGGAUGUAUCAGAAUAAAUGAUAUUUUAUUAAUGGUCA